AUGGAGCAGCGCCUGUUCCUACUGCUUACGCUAGCCCUGGGGGCCCUGGCGGCAGGCCACACGUUCCAGGCCCAGAUCAUUGGGGGUCGUGAAGCUGCCCCCCACUCCCGGCCGUACAUGGCCUCGCUACAGAAGGCCGGCACCCACCUGUGCGGGGGGGUCCUGGUGCACCCGAGGUGGGUGCUGACAGCUGCCCACUGCCUGGCCCAGCCGAGGAAGCUACUGAGGCUGGUGCUGGGCCUCCAUGCCAUACACGACCCUGACGACCCUGGCCUGCCCUUCCUCAUCAAGAUGGCUGUCCUCCACCCCGACUACAAGGCGGCCCCCGCCCUGCAGAAUGACCUCGCGCUACUUAAGCUGGAUGGCAAAGUGAAGCCCAGCAAGACCGUGCAGCCCCUGCCGCUGCCACGAGGGUCCCGGGCAGUGCCGGUGGGGGCACGCUGCAGCGUGGCGGGCUGGGGGCUGACCCAGGCCAGGCGGCUGGCCCGGGCGCUGCGGGAGCUGGACGUGCGCGUGCUGGACGCCCGCAUGUGCAACAACAGCCGCUUCUGGAGCGGGGCCAUCGCCCCUCACAUGUUCUGCCUCUCGGCCGAAGCCCAGCACCAGGCCCCCUGCAAGGGUGACUCUGGAGGGCCCCUGGUGUGCGACAGAGGCUCAGUGGCCGGCAUCCUGUCCUUCAGCUCCAAGGCCUGCACUGACACAUUCAAGCCUCCUGUGGCCACUGCCGUGGCGCCCUACGUGUCCUGGAUCAAGAAGGUCAUUGGCCGCUGGCGGUCGCCGCCUCAGACCUAA